AUGGCGGAGACCGAGACCGAGGGGGUGGCGGACAUGGUGGUGGAGAACGGAGCCGCGACGGCAGAGACUGUGGCGGCGGCGAGUGGCGAGGGAAGCAGACCGGCAGCCAUGGCGGUGGCGGGCAGCGGAGAAGGCGGCGGUGGCAAUGACGGCGGCGGCAGCGGCAGCGGUGGCAGCGUGGAGCGGGUGGAGGACGUGGUGGUUGGUGCUGUUGUGCGUUGCAAGUUCCGCAAUGGCAAGUAUGUGGCCGGCAAGGUGGUGGCCAAGCGGACGCACGCCGAGAGCGGCCAGCCGCAGGUGUAUCUGCACUAUAUCGGACAUAAUAAGCGGCUCGAUGAAUGGGUCCCGCUGGACAACAUCGAGGCCGAGCUUGCGGUGACGUCCGAGGAGAUUCUGGAGAACACUAGCGAGAGCACGCAGCGCGGCAAGAUGACGCGAAACAUGAAGCGCAAGUACGACGCCAUCAACCAUGUGGAGAAGAAGGCGGACGACUACGGUGACUCUGCGCUAGCGGCGCUCGAGCGUGAGCACGAAGAGCGGACCAAGGUCAAGAAUAUUGCGUCGAUCCGGCUGGGCAAGUACUUUCUGGAGGCGUGGUACUUUUCGCCGUACCCGGAGGAGUUUGCUGGGCUCGACAAGCUGUAUGUCUGCGAGUGGUGCCUCAAGUACAUGAAGAAGAAGAAGACGCUGCUGAAGCACCGCAAGGAAUGCGUGCGGCAUCACCCGCCGGGUGACGAGAUCUACUCAUCGGGUGGGCUGUCGAUGUACGAGAUCGACGGAGCGGCGUGCAAGGUGUACUGCCAGAACCUCUGCCUCCUCGCCAAGCUCUUCCUCGACCACAAGACGCUGUACUACGAUGUGGAGCCGUUCAUGUUCUACGUCCUGACUCGGGAAGAUGAGAGCGGAAAGCACAUUGUGGGCUACUUUUCCAAGGAGAAGGUCUCUGUCGACGGCUACAAUCUGGCGUGCAUCCUCUGUCUGCCGCAGCACCAGCGGCAGGGCUACGGCCGCUUCCUCAUCACGUUUUCGUACGAGAUUUCCAAGCGUGAGAACAAGGUCGGCUCGCCCGAGAAGCCGCUGUCGGACCUGGGCAAGCUCUCGUACAUGUCGUACUGGACAUACGUCAUUCUCGACGUUCUGCAGAACUACCGCGGCAACGUCUCGGUCCGCGACAUCUCGACCAUGACUUCGAUCACCGAGGACGACAUCAUCACCGCUCUCACUUCGCUCAACCUCAUCAAGUACUUUAAGGGCAAGCACGUCAUCUACGUCACCCCGCGCGUUGUCCGCGAGCACUUGCAGCACUUUAAGAAGCCCAAGAUCGCGUUCGACACGGAGGGCUUCCACUGGCACCCGCGCCCGGUCUUGCCCAUCUCGGCCCCGCCGCACAUGCUCCCACCGCCCGAGUCCGGUGCCAGCGCUGGGCGGCAAUGA